CGGUGGAAAAUCCUCAGAACUGAUUCCUCGCUCCUUUUGGGUAGUUUCUACCGACAAUUCUCCUUUCACGAUCGCAAAUAUACGUCUACACAAAGAUAUCCCUAAUAUGGCACCGUCCGCGACCGAUCCAGGAGGCGAACUGACGGAUCUGUGGGUGUUCGGGUACGGUUCUCUGACGUGGAACACUUGCUUCCCGUACACCGCCCGAGUUGUGGGGUCUGUGCCGGGCUUCUCCCGAAGAUUUUGGCAGGCCAACACGGUACACAGAGGGACGCCAGACCAGCCGGGGAGGGUGGCUACCCUGGUCGCGGAUAAAAAGGCUGUCACAUGGGGUGUGGCGUACCAACUGAAAGGUCACGGCCAGGUCAGGAGGGCGCUGCAGCACCUUACGAUCCGCGAGGGGGCGCUGGGAGGCUACACGACGGAGUUGGCGCGCUUCCAUCCAGCGGACGAGUCACUGCCGACACGGGAAGUUCUAGUCUACCUGUCCACCGAAGAAAACCCGCUAUAUCUCGGGUCGUCCACUCAGCAGGAAACUGCAGUAGCCAUCGCGACCGCUGUGGGGCGCUGCGGACACAACGCCGAGUACCUGUUCAAGCUGUCCCGCUUCAUGAGGACAUCCGUUCCCAUGGUAACGGACGACUACCUGUUCGAUUUGGAAGCCACGGUGAAGAGUCUACUCGGCCAGGAGCGCGCACAAGAGCUGGAAAACGCUCAAACAGUCGCAGACGAACUGUCUCUGACCUGUAGAAAAGACUCCGUCCCUCUGCCAUGUCGGUACGAAUAUCUACCGUGUAGAACUGUAGCAGACUACCGCAUCGAAACGCGACCAGCGACAGAAUCGGGCUAGUGCAAGUCUCGAAAAAGCCAUAAAGAUAUACAGAAAAACCACAGAAUUGUAUAUAUUUAUGAAGAUGUAUUAAUAUAACACUUUACCUCGAUGUAUAUUUCGUGUGAUUGGGCCACUAUGUGGAAAACGUUAACUACCAAUCUUUGUGCUAAAUAAUAAUAAUAUGAUUUAGGAUUGGUCCACGCCCACGAAUUAUUGUUGCCUAAAAUAGAAGUGUUACAAUGUGAUUAGGGUCAAGUUACAAGUACGUAAAUCGAUAGCCAAUGCGUACAUCGGUUGCAAGGAAGAGGCAACCAUGAAAAUAAAGAAGACAUGGAACGCUCGUA